GCACCCAAGGGUGACCCCAGGGUGGUGGGGGACCCCCGCCCUGGUACUGGGGACACCCCAGGGACACUGAGACACCGGUGAUGAGUGCUGGGCCGUACUGGUGCCGGGGUCACCAGUGACAGGGCCUCAUGGGCAAGUCCCUGGUGCCGUUCCCCAUGCCAGACUGGUCACCCAGUAGCAGCUUUCCAGCUCCCCAGUCCCAGCCCAGUACACCCAUCACCACACCAGCUUUAUCAGUGGGAACACUCGCUUGGGGACAGCACUUUGGUGACACAGGGACGAUGUACGGCAACCUCGAGUCCAGCCAAGCUGGCCAGGGGCAAGUGUCGGUGCUGGGGCCCGGCAGGGAAGCCUGCAGCACCCUGUGCCCCACAGAGGAGAACCUGUACGAGCCCCUGGACCCCACCAGCACCGUGCCAGGCCAGAAGCACGUGCCCGACCCAGCGUCACGGUGCUGCUCCGGGAAGAAGCUGGUGCUGGUGGGUGCUGCGGUGCUGGGAGUCUCGGUGCUGAUGAACAUCCUCUUCCUCACCAUCGGUUCGCAGCGCAUUACAGCCCUGACAUCAGCGCUGGAGGCAGAGAAGGAGAAGCAGCUGUCCAACGUGGCCUCCCGCUCCUUCCUGCUGUACAACGAAGACCACCGCAAGUGCGUGGCGGCUAGUGGCCACCAGCUGAUAGCGACAGCUUGCCAGCCCGAGGCGGCUGCACAACAGUUCCAGUGGCUACAAGGGGGCCAGCUACAGGGCUGGCAGAGCCAGCGUUGCGUUACGGCGACCCGUGGGCAAAACAGAGCCUUCGUGAGGCUGGAGCCAUGCCGCGCUGACGGCCGGCUGCAGCGUUGGGAAUGCCGCGACGGCGGGCUGUUGGCACUCGCCGGUUACAACCUCUACUUCAAUUAUGGCAACAACCAGGAGCAAGUGGUGAUGCUCUACACUGGGAACCGCCAGUGGAGCCGCUGGGUGAUCCACGGGAGCCAGGACAACGUCUGUUCCCGCUCCUGCUGUCCCCCUUGCUCCAAAGGCUGGACCUACUUCAGGAACUCCUGCUAUUUCUACUCCAAGACGCCAAGUUCCUGGGAGAACGCCCAGCGGUUCUGCUCGGUCCUGGGCACGCAGCUCCUGGAGGUGGAUGGUGCUGAGGAGAAGGAUCACAUCCAGACGAUGCUGAAAAGCUCCUCCUGGCUCGGCAUCAGGGAUGAGGAGGUCGAGGGUACCUGGAAGCGAGCGAACGGGACUAUCCUACCCUGGGAAAGCAGCUGGUGGCACAGGAACGAGCCCAACGGUGGCCACCAGGAGAACUGUGCGGCGGUGAGGGAGGACGGCCAGUGGUAUGACUACCCCUGCACCAGCCAGCUCCCCUGGUCUGCGAGGGACACCCCUGAGCACGCAAGGACACCCCAAGAGAACCCCACAGCACCCCCCACCCUUCGGGGGUCUUCCCCAGCCCCUCUCCGUUUGCCACAUCCCACCUGCAGCACUCCAGGAUGCAGCUCCGACCUCCAGCACAUCCAUUUGGGGUCCAUGGAUGGAUCUCCAGGGAAAAUUCGGGGUACGGGGCGGAGUGGGGGUUCCCUGCAGGGCAAUAAACGCAUGUGCAGAGUGAGGCGUUGCUCCAGCAAUGUGGCGGGGGGCUGCGUGGGGUGGGGGACCCCUGAUGGUGUGGGCCGGAUGGGUGCAGUGUGA